CGGCAAAGAAAAAAAGCGUAUCUUUAAAAAGAUAAAACCUCUUUCUUUAUUAUUUGUGAAUUUCUCUGUUUAUCUAUUAUAUGGUUCUUGUUGGUGAUAUGACGACAUCGAUUGCCGAUAUUUUUGAGGACUAUGUAGAGAGUUUGCAGAACUUACCAUCGGAGAUUGAUCAAAACAUGCACGAACUGCGUAGCAUGGAUGAAGAAUUUCAACGAUUUAGAGAAAUUUACACAAAGCACAGGCGAUCCUAUGCCAAGUUACUGCGAAAUCCAUCCUCUCCCCCCACACCCAACGUUGCACAACCUCCACCUACACCCACCGCUCACGUCAACCUAGUAGCAGCACGACUACAAUUAGAAAAAGACUACAAGACAGCUAUUCAGAAACAGGAUCAGAAAAUCGAACUCGCCAUGCGCAUGUAUGAUCUCGUCUCUCGGCACAUUGAACGUAUUGAUUCCCAAAUGGCGAAAAACGGCAUUGCCGAACUCGAUUGGAUAGCAUCCAAUAAUCACAGACGAGGGCCUUGGGAUGAAUCUUGGCGUCACGAUGCAGCAGCUUCUCGGAAACGAUCCAUAUCCAAUGGUGGUCCUGCUGGGUUCCGGAAACGAACCCAUCACUCGUCGCGUCCCAAUCCAGCUAUUAAUGGUCACCGCGCCUUGACCGAAUUGGAGAUCGACCCCAAUGAACCGAGAUACUGUUAUUGCAACCAGGUAUCGUUUGGUGAUAUGGUCGCAUGUGAUGGUGAAAACUGUGAAAAAGAAUGGUUUCAUUACGCUUGUGUUGGCUUGGUGGAACCGCCCGCUGGAAAAUGGUUCUGUGACGAAUGUGCUGCCGAAGAAGACAACUAUCGGUUCAAACAAUACACAGACGAUUAUUAAACAGUAUAUCAACUUUUUGUACAUAUAUCAAACGACAGUAUAACUGUUUUUCUUCCUUGAUAACCAUGAUCAUUGGUGGUACUUUCUGCUCUUUGCCACUAUUCUACAUUAUACUGCUACUGUAUACAGAGAAGAAAUACGUGAUAGACCAUCUCUAACUUCCUGUAGG